AUGGCCGCAAAUUACAACAAGGUUCAGGUCAUGUACACGCGAUGGCGACGAGUGCACCAAUGUGACAAGAACGGACAAGCCAUCCCACAUCAACACGACACUGGCUUUAUGAAGGACUGCAAAAGUGACUUGAAAAGAUUAAAGACAGUCCUUAGCGGAGCCUAUCACUUCUCCUCAACAGAUUACAAAAUCAGACGACAACGUAACACACUCGGGAAGAAGAUGACACCAACAUCCGCCCAGGUGACCGACUCCAUUGCGAAGCUUGCGGCCGGAAUGGACCGAGAUGAUCUCUUCAUCUUCUACUACGUGGGCCAUGGCGGGCGAGCUCCUGGAGGAAAGCUCUCACUGUCAGGAAACAAAUAUGAUAUUGAAUACGAUGAUAUACACAAGACGCUUAUGAGUCUACCCUGUGAUGUUCUGGUCAUCAUGGACUGUUGCCACGCAACAAAUGUCAAAGGGCCCGCUACAUCAAACAAGCUGCUACCACCUCCAUCGAACGCCGGACGUCCUAAGAAACUUAACUUCUUGGGCGCUUGCAUGGCAUACGACUCUACCACAGGAAACCCACAAUGCACCAUGACGAGCCUUCUUACUGCGGCGCUCAUGGAGGUUAAGGACCAACCAACCACCGUGUUCAGAAUCACAGGCGAGAUGGACGAGAAGACAAAGUCGGUCAGGAUGACCGGUAAUGGGGUCGGAGGCGUCCACUAUGCUCCGUUGGAGACCGAAGGGGGUGAUAUAACUUUGGCACCCAUCUAG